AUGGAGACCAAUCCAAUGGAGGCAGGCGGUCAUUCAGUCUCAUUAGGGUCCACGGCGGGAGUGGAGUGGAAUCCAUUAGGCAUCCUCGACAGUCUCGACGUCAGCCACACCGACAGCGUGGUUGGACUUUUCCACAUGGCCACUCACACACCCAUAAGAACAGAACGGCGGUCAUCGCCACCAACUGCCAAAAGCUCGGCCUUGAAGAGUAUCCUGCGCACAAGCCUGACAACCUUGGGCCGCCGCAUGAGAGACGACGACGAUGAGGAGGCCCAGCCACAAAGUCCAACCAAGCGUCGCAAGACCGUCGUCUUCGACAUGAACUCCAACACUGUGCAGAGCAUCGCACCUGCGACACCGACCGCGGCCAAGGAGAAGGCUGAAGAAGUCAAGCUCGCAGUGGUGAAGGCUCUGAAGGAACACAGCAUAGGCGAUCAGGAAGGUUACGACACUCUCAAGGGAAUAUUCGAGAACGACCGCCGCCGAAAACAGACCCCCAACUCGAGUCAGGUUGAGGACGAGGUCGACCCCUCCGAUCUGAUACACUACGUCAAGGCUCUCAAGGUGUGCGCACCCCAGCUCGGGAGAUCCUGCUCAAGCCUUGUCCACGAGGUCCUCAGCAUACCAUGGCUUGGCCGGCCUGACGACUUCGUGACCGCCUAUACCGACUUCCUGGCCAACCUUGUCACCGGUCAAUCCAUCUAUCUCAGCAAUGUUCUUGGCAUGCUCGUGGAAAAGUUUCGGCAUUUUAGGGAAUUUGAGUGGAGGGCAGGUUAUUUCCCAGAUGUCAGCUGUGAUGUGAUGCGACGACGCCUCCACCGCGCACUCGGCCAUGUCCUGCAGCUGUUCCCCGCGGCAAGACGUGUGCUUUUGUCCCUGGUCAACAAGGAGUUUCCCUUCUCCGACGAGUCCAAGAACAUCCACAUGGCGUUUGUACAGAAUCUGCUACGUCUGCGGGAAUACGCACCUGAUAUGGGACCCGAGAUCAUGGAGUUGAUCACGGAUCGGCUUGUCAAAAUCGAUGUGCAGAUCCAAGUUGAUCUGGACGAGGUCGACGAUGACAUGGCUGCCGGUGUAGUUCAGCAGCUUCAAGCUUCCAGAGCCGAUGAGAUCGACAAUGACGAUGUGAGCGACGUCGAGAGCGUUGCAAGUGAUGAGAGCGAUGAUCGCCACGAGCUCAGCGGCAAGAUUCUGAAAGCGGCCCAACACAUUCAGAAGAUGGACUUCAUUAUGAACAGCCUUUUCGAACUCUACCAGCCGAUCUUCGCCGAGCCGGACUCUGAUGGCGCGAGAGAUAUCUUCGAGAACAUGCUCACAGAAUUCGUCAACAUCAUCCUUCCCACAUACUCAAGUCGGCAUACUCAGUUCCUCAUCUUUCAUUUCAGCCAGCUGUCCGAAGAACUCACAGAUAGGUUCGCUGGAGUGCUGCUCGACAUAGCAUUUGGCAACCAGAAUUCUAUGAUCACAAGGCAGAACGCUGCCGCUUAUCUUGCCAGUUUCGCCGCUCGCGGCAAGAGGGUUCCCGCCGAGUCUGUGCGAACAAUAUGCACAGUGCUCAUUAAGCACAUCGACUCAUACCGAUACAGACAUCAAGCCACUGCGCGCCCAGACCUGAGACGAUUCACCCCCUACUACGCUCUCUUCCAAGGUCUUCUGUACAUUUUCUGCUUUCGGUGGCGUGAUCUGGUCGUCGACAAACCUGAUCUUGUCGACCCGGAGGAUCCCGCCUCCUACCUGGGUCAAGAUCUCGAGUGGAUGGAAGAGCUGCGCCCAAUCCUCCGAGCGAACAUCUGGUCUGGGUUCAACCCCCUACGGGUGUGCCAUCCAACUAUUGUGCAAGAAUUCGCCAAUCUUGCUGGCCACCUUGGCUUCAUGUACGUCCACGACAAGAUCGAAGCCAACCGGCGGAUUUACCUUUCUUCGUACGUCUCCUCAAGCGUGGAGGCCUUGCGAGAAACGGCGAGCCAAAACCCAUAUGAUGAGAGCUGGUUGCAGCUCACGCCAUACUUUCCCUUCGACCCUUACCAGCUUCCCGAGAGUAGACAUUGGGUCGACGGCGAUUACAUACCAUAUGACUCCUUCCCGGGUCUAGAUGGAGAAGAAGAUGAGAGUGAAGAUGAGGACCUCUUGGAGGGCGAUGAGACGUUUGAGGAGGACACUGAGACGGACGAAGGUAGUGGAAGACAGUAA